AAGGAGAGAAGUGAUUAGGGAAAUUUAUUUUGAAAUUGGAGCUGUCAAAAUUCCACUUUAUUUUUCAGGGAUGUUUUAAGUUCAAUCACCCUGAAAUAAAGGAGAUGAAAUGAGCAAAGUGCACCUGUGUGGGGACCAGCAGGUCUGACUGAACUGGGGCACAGGGAGCCCUGUUCUCCCUCUGGGCUCCCCAGUGUUCAGGCUGAGAGCAAUGCUGAAGAUAAGAUCAGGCAGUAACUCAGCAGCAGAAACACCAACUCAAAAAAAAAAAAAAAAAAAAAAAAAAGAAAGUUUAGUAAAGUUCCCUCACAGGAAGAGAAGUAAUUUUGAAAGGAUUCCAAAUAAAAUACAUAGGACGGACCCAAAGAAAUUGGCCCUAUCUUGUCAAUGCCUUUUUUAACAUUUCAUGAUGCCCAGAGUGAAGAAAUGUCCAACAGCAGCUCCAUCAGCCACUUCCUCCUGCUGGCACUGGCAGAGACACGGCAGCUGCAGCUCCUGCACUUCUGCCUCUUGCUGGGCAUCUCCCUGGCUGCCCUCCUGGGCAACGGCCUCAUCAUCAGCGCCGUAGCCUGCGGCCACCACCUGCACACGCCCAUGUUCUUCUUCCUGCUCAACCUGGCCCUCAGCGACCUGGGCUCCAUCUGCACCACUGUCCCCAAAGCCAUGCACAAUUCCCUCUGGGACACCAGCACCAUCUCCUACACAGCAUGUGCUGCUCAGCUCUUUUUUUUUGGUUUCUAUGCAGAAACAGAGUAUUUCCUGCUGACCAUCAUGUGCUACGACCGCUACGUGUCCGUCUGCAAACCCCUGCACUACGGGACCCUCCUGGGCAGCAGAGCUUGUGCCCACAUGGCAGCAGCUGCCUGGGCCAGUGCCUUUCUCAAUGCUCUCAUGCACACAGCCAAUACAUUUUCCCUGCCCCUGUGCCAUGGCAAUGCCCUGGGCCAGUUCUUCUGUGAAAUCCCACAGAUCCUCAAGCUCUCCUGCUCCAAAUCCCACCUCAGGGAACUUGGGCUUCUUGCUGUUAGUGCCUGUUUGUUAUUUGGUUGUUUUGUGUUCAUUGUUUUCUCCUAUGUGCAGAUCUUCAGGGCUGUGCUGAGGAUCCCCUCUGAGCAGGGACGGCACAAAGCCUUUUCCACCUGCCUCCCUCACCUGGCCGUGGUCUCUCUGUUCUUAAGCACUGGUACAUUUGCUCACCUGAAGCCCCCCUCGAUGUCCUCCCCAUCCCUGGAUCUGUCAGUGUCAGUUCUGUACUCGGUGGUGCCUCCAGCCCUGAACCCCCUCAUCUACAGCCUGAGGAACCAGGAGCUCAAGGCUGCAGUGUGGAGACUGAUGACUGGAUGGUUUCAGGAACAUUAAACUAUUGGCCAUUUUCUGCCAAUCACUUGUAAUAAAAGUCAUUUUUGAUACUUA